AUGCUCCUGGAAAUAUUCAUCUUGGUGGCGAUUUUAUAUGUGACUUGGUUUUACCUGUCCACUUAUGCAGUCAGACGAAAGUUACCAAGAGGUCCCAUACCAAUACCUCUGAUUGGGAACGUUCUUCAAGUCGGUUUGGAUAUGCCAUUCUCAAUGGAAAACCUUCGCAGAGAAUUUGGAGACCUUUACACAAUUUCUCUGCCCAUUGGAACAUUUCUUAUUUUAAACAACUCUGAAUUGUUUCAGGAAGCUUUUGUGACAAGAAAAGAUGAUUUUUCAGGUCGUGUUGACGAAUCACAGUUUCCAUUCAAUGUCAUAUUUGAAAACAAGGAUCUCGGAUUUACAAACCACAGCAGUGCUUACAUUUUUCGUCGAAGGGUGUUUUCAAAUGCCUUGCGCGUCUUUGGUGAAGGUAAAAACCUUGCAAAGGAACGAUUGUACAACGCAUCCGACAGGUUAUUGCAAAAGAUAAACAAAACGGAAGGGAAUCCGUUUUCAGUGAAGGAAUACCUUGGGAAAACAAGCAUGAUAAUCCUAUGUGAAUGGUUGGUUGGAAAACAGUUCAGUUAUGAUGAUCCGACAAUAAAGAAGUUGAUAGAAUUCAACGAAGAAUUUGCUACUGUAAUCCGCCCUGGGAGUGCACAUUAUUUUCUCCCAUUUUUGAGGUUCUUUCCAACGUCAUAUGCGAAAUCCCUUCAAAACGUGUUAAACAUAAGAGACGGGUUUUGCGGUGAGCAGCUGAAAUAUCACCUUGAAACCUACAAAGAAGGGGAAGUUCGGGACAUAAUUGAUGCAUUCAUUGUCCAAUUUCGCAAUGAAAAGGAAAAGGAACGUGAUAGUGACAUAGGUUCCAUAGAAGAUAUUAAGUUCUUGGUAAUGGAUGUUCUCUUCUCUGCUCACGAUACCAACAACGCCAUCUCAACAUGGUUUAUACUGUAUAUGAUAUUAUACCGCAAUGUUCAAGAGAAAGUUCACGAAGAGUUUGACCGGGUUAUUGGAGAUUCCCGUCUCCCUUGUCUAGAAGAUGCUGAUAAUCUCCCGUAUUUUCAAGCUACAAUAUGUGAAGUUAUCAGACAUGCUGUUUCAAUUGCGUUGAUCAUGCGUAGAGCUGUACGGGAUACCAAAAUUCAGGAUCACAUCAUUCCGAAAGGAACAACGAUAAUCUUGAAUCUUUGGAGGAUACAUCAUGAUGAAACGAAAUGGAAAAGCCCAUCCAGAUUCCUUCCUUCCCGUUUUCUAAAUGAAAACGAACAGUUUAUCGGCUGGAAAUCUGAGUUAGAUUUCUUCCCAUUUUCUAUUGGUCGAAGGGCUUGUCCGGGAAUAGCACUGGGUAAAAUGAACGUUUUUAUCACUCUAUCAAGGCUGUUCCAUCAAUUUCGAUUUAAAAUACCACCAGGCUCGCCUAAACCUACCUUAGAGGCGAUGACGAGUUCUGUGAGAUUUCCAAAGCCUUAUGAAGUGAAAGCUAUAAAACGCACGAAAGCCAUAAAUACAGUAAAAACUUAA